UGGCACCAGAAAUGGCUACAGCUGGUGCCCUUAAGCUCCCCACUUCAUUACACCAUACCUUACACGCUCUUCCAAGGAUUCCUUUACCCUUUAUAUACCCCCCAUUACAACUCAAAUUUAUCAUAACAAUUCAAAAAAUAAAUUUAUAAAAAUAACAAAUAAUUUUGAAAAAGGAAAUUAAAAUAUAAAAAAAUGGGUGUUUCUUCAAAUGGGGUUUUAGUGAUCAUAGUAAUGGUGGUUGCACUAGCAUUGAGCACCAUUACUAGUGUUAAUGGUGGUGGUAAUUUUGAACAAGAUUUUGAGGUUACAUUUGGUGAUGGUAGGGUUAAAAAGUUUUGGAGAGGACAACUUCUAACCCUUUCUCUUGAUAAGGUUUCGGGUUCGGGUUUUCGGUCUAAGAGGGAGUAUUUGUUUGGAAGGAUUGAUAUGCAACUUAAACUCGUUGCGGGUAAUUCUGCUGGCACUGUCACUGCUUAUUAUUUAUCUUCAGAAGGGAAGACACAUGACGAGAUAGAUUUCGAGUUCUUAGGUAACGUAAGUGGGCAGCCUUACACACUUCACACUAAUGUGUUUACCAAAGGGAAAGGUGAUAGGGAGCAACAAUUCCAUCUUUGGUUCGACCCAACCUUAAAAUUCCACACCUAUUCUGUUGCGUGGACGCCCCGUAUGAUCAUAUUCUUGGUUGAUAAUACACCAAUUAGGGUAUUCAAGAACCAUGAAGCUAGAGGGGUGGGGUUCCCAAAGACCCAACCCAUGAGGAUAUACUCGAGCUUGUGGAAUGCGGACCAAUGGGCUACUCAAGGAGGUCGAGUUAAGACGGAUUGGGCUAAGGCUCCGUUCACGGCUUACUACCGGAACUUUAACGUAAACCCUAACCACGCGGCUGCAACGGCGGCGUUCACCGAUUCAAAGUGGCAAAACCAAGAGUUGAAUGCAUGGAGUAGAAGGAGACUAAGAUGGGUUCAAAAGUAUUUCAUGAUCUAUAAUUAUUGUGCUGAUGCACAAAGGUUUCCUCGUGGUGUUCCUGUUGAAUGCAAGAUGAUGUGAAAAAUGUUUUAUAUAGUUUGGAAAUUAAUUAAUGUUGUUUAAUUUCUUGCAAUUAAUGUUUAGAUUUUUGUACUUAAUGGGUUUAAGUAAAUAAAUUUAAUUCCUCUCA